AUGAUAGUGAUAGUUGAGGGACUAAUUUGGUAUUUUAAUUUCAUACAAUUAGACCUAGGUCAAGCUCCUUCCAACUUCUCUAUUUCUCCUCCUUCCUCCUCGCCGCUCUCCUCCCAACCUUCUCUUCUCCGCCGGCGUUCUUCAAUGGCUAUUUCUAUCUCCACCGCCACCCAAGCCGUCGAUGCUCUGAUCAAAUGGAAGAGCUCCCAAUCGAACUCGCAGAAUCCCCAGCUAUUACCCGAAGAUGAUUUCAUAUACUUGAUCCUCACACUCAAAAAAAUCCCACAGAAAGGUGGAAUCAAUGGAGCUCGAACCAACCCUCACAAAGUUCCCCUCCCGCACCCUCUCAUCUCUCCGACGUCCUUCCCGGAGCUCUGUCUAAUCAUCGACGAUAGACCCAAUUCGAAGCUCACAUCAGAAAUCGCGAAGAAGAAGAUCAAAGCUGACGGAAUCUCAGUCACCAAAGUCCUUAAGCUGUCAAAGCUUAAAACUGACUACAAGCCUUUUGAAGCGAAGAGAAAGCUUUGUGAUUCUUACGAGAUGUUCUUUGCUGACAAAAGGGUAAUCCCACUUCUUCCUAAGUUAUUGGGUAAACAGUUCUUUAAAAAAAAGAAGUUGCCUUUGCCUGUUGAUUUGGGUCAUAAGAAUUGGAAGGAGCAGAUUGAGAGAGGUUGUUCUUCUGGGUUGUUGUUUUUUAGGACAGGGACGUGUAGUGUGAUUCGUGUCGCCAAGGCAUCCAUGGAAAGAGAUGAAAUUAUUGAGAAUGUGGGUUCUGCCAUUAAUGGGGUUCUUGAGUUUGUUCCAAAGAAGUUGUCUGGUGUGAGGUCUUUGCAUUUGAAGUUUUCAGAGUCAGUGGCAUUGCCUUUAUAUCAAUCUUUGCCUGAUAUUAAGUUGAGAAUUGAAGGAGUUAAGGAAAAGAAUGUUGAGGUAGUGGAGGGAGAAGCCAUGGAAAUAGAGGAAGUGGGAAAGAAGAAAGGAUCAAAGAAGGGGAGGAUUCAUGAGGUCAAUCAUGAUAUGGAUGAAGAUGAAGGGGGAGAGAUCGAAAACAAUGAAUCUGGCAGUGUUGAAUUGGUGAGUAGGAAGAGGAAAGGACAGUUGAAGGCAGAUAAACCAGCAAAGAAGAGUGGUGGGAGGAUUCAUGAGGUUCAUUCUGAGGGAGAUGAAGGUGAUCUAGGCAGUGACAGUGAUGGAGAUGACAACAAUGAGAGCAAAGAGAUUGAAAAAGAUGAUUUGGGUAGUGCUGAAUUGGUGGCUAGGAAGAGAAAAGGAGAGUUUAAGGGAGCGAAACAGGUGAAGAAGAGUGCUAAAGAGAAGAUGGGAGUAGCAAAGAAGAGUGAUAAAGAGAAGAGGGGAGCAAAAGAUGACGGUGAUUCAGGAAAGAAGAAAGGGAAGGGGAAUGUAGUUGAAGGGGAUGAUCUUAACACAAUCUUGAUCGGUAAAAAAGAGAAGAAAAAGGUGGAGAAACAGAAUGGAGAUACUGGGAAGAAGGAAAGGAAGAAAGGAAGGUCAGUGGCAAAGGUUUAAGAAUUUUGAUUUGGUGAGUUCAAGCAUGCUAAUGAUAUCAUAUAGAGAAUUUGAUCUCAUAGCUUCAAAUUCUGCAUUUUUGUUCUGUUAAUUCUGGUUUUAUGUAGUUUUUGAUUAUGGGUUCACUUCAAUAUUCCAUUCAAUCAAAUAUUAGUUUGGUAGAUUGCAGUUAACUUCAAGAUUCAUUCUGUCGAGUUUUCUUGAUGAUUCUAGUAACUUUGUUGGAAAAGCAGACUGCUUUCAUAUUAAAGUCAUGAAACCGUAUUGAGGAAUCUUGAUCAUGGAUU